AUGAGUUAUAACGUAGAACUAAUACCAAUUUCUGAAGGUAAUCGUAUAACAGUAAAAAAAAAUGAAAAAGUUAUUAUUGGACGUGGAUCAUCAUUAGGUUGUAAUGAUAAAAAAAUUUCUCGUCAACAUGCUGAAUUAUUACUUAAAAAUGAUGAAACACUUUGGAUUAAACCAAUUCAUACUAAUCCAGUAUUUUAUCGCACUUUUCAUGGUAAAACAAUUCAUUUGACUAAAGAUAUUGAACAAGAAUUAAAAGAUGGUGAUCAAAUUGGUUUAUUACCAACAAGUUUUUUCUUUCGUAUUAGUUUUUCUAUGAAUACAAAUAAUAAUAAAGACGAUUUAUCUACAUCAUCAAAUCAACAGUCACAUUAUUCAGUAAAUAAUAUUGCGUCUGAUAAUCUAAAAUCAACUAAAAUAUCAUCUCAAGAUACUUUAUCUAAAAUAAAAAGUCCUGAUGUUGAACCAAAACCAUACAUUUCAGAUAUUGAUGAUUCUACUUCUUCUUCUAUAAAAAAUCAAAAUGAAUAUGAAUCAGUUGAUUCAAAUAAUAAAUCACGUAUAUUACCAACAUGGAUGAUAGCAUCAACAAAGACUACAUCCAAUUCUUCCUGUCUACAUGAUUCAUCAUCUAGUGAUCGUCCUGCUGUUAAACGGCAAUUGAAUUCAGAAGAAGAUAACAAAAGUAAUACAAAUGAUUUAUCAAAUACGUCUGACGCAUCAGUUACAAAGUCAAGUAAAUCAUCCGUAAUAAAAAGCUUUGAUAGUGAUAGUAGUGAUGGAUUUGAUUCUGUUACUACAAAAAAAAGUAUUCAUAAAUAUUUAUUAUUGAUUAUUGACUACAGUUUGAAUUUAGUUAAAUCAAAUGAUAAACGUCGUCCAGUUUGUUCAUAUGGUGCAUCAUGUUAUCGAAAAAAUCCAACGCAUCGUACUGAACAAUCGCAUCCAGGUGAUUCUGAUUAUGAGGAUGAAAAACAAACGAAUAAUGAUAGUAAAGAUGAUAAUGAUAUUGAUAAACCGAUAUGUCCUUAUGGUAAAUCUUGUUAUCGACAAAAUCCUCAACAUAAACGUGACUACACGCAUUAA